AUGGUAAUUCAGACCUAUCAUUCUGCAACCGGAGAACAACUCUCACAAGAUGUUGUAUCUCGUCAUGGCGUUGGCCAAGAAGGAAAGAUCAUUGCCGGAAAAGACAAGGAAAUCCUUCCAUUCCUUCUCUCUCAUGAUGAAACCACUCGUUUCCUUUAUGUUCCGAAUGAAAUCAAGAGUUCUCAGCAAUCUCUCAACUCCCAACCUCCAACCCUUCAAAGUAUGCUCCCAAUGUUGGUUGACCAUAACUCUAUUGCGAGUACUAUGGAACGGGUUGAUGUCAUGGUGAAUGAGUGUAGACAAACAUGCCAAGUAACGGAAUCCAGAUGGAAUGAUUGUGAGGACAGAAAGCAAAAAAGAUCGAUUGUGCAAUUGGCUAAGGAAACUCUCAUUAAUUUCAUCAAAAAUACCAUGUUUGCUAAUUAUUGUAAACUAGUAGAAGAAGAGACAACCAACAUUGAAAAGUACAAGAGUGUCAUUCAAAAUGUAACAUUUGAGGAUCUUUUUGACAACCUCACUCAAACCAAAACUGUCAACGAGAGCGAUUUAAUGAGGGCCAUGCAAUUAGAUGAGAAUUCUCUCAGAACUCUUAUUAAUACUGCAAAAUCGUAUGACAAAAUGGUUUCAAUCCAACAGAAUUGUAAAAAUAUUAUCUCCAAACAAAUCAAUGAGUUAUCGAGAGAAGACAACGAUAUUACAGAAGAGCUUCAGCAAGAUUUGAUUUCCAUUGAAAGUGUAGUUAAAAAGCAAAAGGAAGCUUUAGACCAACUUUUGGUUCAUUAUGAACAAGUGAAGCAAACAAAUGAUGAGUUGCAAUAUAUUAACUUUGAAUACACCGCCCAGAAUAAGUUAAAGGAAAUUGUUGGUUAUGACAACCAAGUCAGAGAGUCUCAAUGUCUUUAUGUUCUUAGAGAUUAUGAGCUUAGAAACAAGCUCAACCAACAAAUGGAGAAGAUGUGUAGCAAAUCUAUGUUGACGUUAAUGGUUAAUACUACUUCAUACUUCAACCAGGCAAGAGAAGGAGGCUCAUUGGAAAAGCUUGUUUUCUUGGUCAAGCUGCCAGAUAUUAUUUCCAAACUAUUUGGCGAAAUUAAGAAAAGAAAAGAGUCGUUUACUGAAAACUCUCUUAUCAAGAACUUUAGAAUAUUCACUGAUAUGAUCAGGACAUCAUGUGAAGAUGAAAAUCAGAGACGAGAGAAGAGUGAACAGGAAAUUUUGAGCAAUCUCAAUGAAACACAAGUCACAGAAGUUCGUUUCCUGAUCCCUGGAGUUAUUGGGGACAGAAUUCAAAUUGAAGCUGUUACUAACGGACUUCGCAAACUUGAAAGAAGUAUUGCACGAACCAUUGACAUUAACCUCCCUCAAGAGACUUCCAAACUUCAAGAUGAAUAUGAUGAUUAUGACUUCUUUGUUAUAUCCAAAAGACCACAACAGUCCUUGUUGAGUUCAGAAUCUUCAAUCGAGAAUAUGACCAACAGUGUCAUGAUUGACUAUGCCAUUAACAAGGCAAACGAGGGUAUUGAAUCUUUCAGAAAUUCCUCCCCAAAGCCUGGUAUUAGAAACGAACAGCAAUCUUCCUUGCCAGAUUCUCUAUAUCAGUCCUAUAUAGACGAUGACCAAGAAACCAAUAACAAGAUCAACGCUUUACAAGAAGAAAUUAGCGCUCUCAAACAACAAAUAAUAGACAAUGCUAUGUACUUCUCAAAGGAGAAGGAGGAACAUCAACGACAAAUUGAAGAAGCUAAUUCGCGCUGUGAAAGUAUGGCUGAUGAGAAUAAUCGACUUAAUUCUCUGCUUGCUAUGGAACAAGAACAAAGGGCCAACGAAACCGAACAGCUCAAACAGGAAAUAAGCAUGUUAAAGGAAACGUUAGAAGGCAUCAAGAAAUAUGCAGAAGAAAAAGACUCGAUCAUUCAACAAAAUGCAACAAGUUGUGUGAAUGUAGAAAACCAAAACAAAACCUUGCAAGAAAGGCUUAUUAAGUUAGCUACCCAAGUUCAAGCGCUCAACUCUGAAGUGUCGUUCAAGAAUGAUCAAAACAACCAAUUAACAAUGGAAAAAGAAAAACUAUUGAAUGAAUUGGAAAUGCUCAAAGAGGCUCAAUCUCAGUUAACCAUGGCUAACCAUGAAAAAGAGCAGCAAUUCAUGGAUUUAAUGCUAAAUACAAGACAGGUUGAAGAGAGCAAGAAUCAAGCAAUCGAAGAAUCAACCAAAUUAUGUAACAACCUUAAAAACGAGCUUUCUGAGAGUAGACAGAUCAUUGCCACACUUCAACAGGAGAUGAAGGAUGCCCAAGAAAACAGCGAGUCUAAAUCCCAAGUAUUGGAACUUCUCCAAAAGCAGCUUGAAUCGAAGGAUAAAGAAGUGCAAGACCUUGUAGAUCAGCUGAACAGAGCCAAAUUAGCAGAAGAAACCAAGGAAAAAGAACUUGAAGCUCUCAAAAAAGCUUUCAACGAGAAACACCAUCAAAAUUUGCAAGAGACCAACAAUGUUGAAAAACUUGAACAACAGCUCCUGUCACGAACUAAUGAAUAUGAAAAGAAAUUGCAAGAAAUUAGAGAACUUGAAUCUCAACUAAAUGCAACCAAGUUGCAAAUCGAACAAUUAUGUACUACCAACGAUGAGCUUUCUCAACAAGUGAAAGAACAAAAGGAACAACUAGCAAGAUCAAAUGCAUCAAAUACUGAAGUUGAAAAGCUAAAGAAAGAAGUCAAAGAAUUAUCAAUCAAGGCACACAUGUACGAAACAGCUGCUUUGAAGGGAGCUACUCUCAUCACCUCUCUCCAAACUCAACUUCAACAGAAUCAACAAAAGUUGAAAGAACAAGAAGAAUCAUUCAAGGUCAUUCAAGAAGAAUAUACCAAACUUGAAAAGAGUUAUCUCAGAGUGGAGGAGCAGAAUAAGCAACCAAGCAAGACAUUUGUUUCCUUGGAACCUGAGGUCCAUGAUAUGGUCAUUUUCUAUCGAAAUGGACAAUCCAAAGAUUUAUUCUCUGCUAUCAGUAAGAAUCCAGAACGUAUCUACAUUGCACCCGAGUCCUUGUCCUUGCUCAAAUCAAAAUAUUCCUCCAGUUUUGAUUCAUUAUCUGUGGUUGUGGGUAAGAUUGUCUAUAUAGAACAAGCAAGUUCUCACUACAAUCCUCUCAACUUGCAAGGACCUUAUUCAAUUGCCUACAUCGAAGAGGUUAUGUAA